AUGAGCUUCACCGGAAGAAGAAACCAGACAGGCCACUGUGAUUGGGUGUGUUGGGUCCAGAUGUGUGUGUAUGUGCCCAUUCUGGUUUUCGGAUUCCCUCUGAUUCUGGCUGCUUUGUGGCAGUUGCUCUUCCGAGUUCGACGCUGGAGCGAAUCCACGGUUUACCUCUGCAACCUGAUCAUCAACGACAGCCUGCUGAUGCUGUCCCUGCCUUUUAAAAUACAUGCCUACAAGAAGCACUGGAAUCUAGGCCAGACUUUCUGCUCCCUGCUGGAGAGCCUGCUCUAUGUCAACAUUUACGGCAGCAUCAUGUUGAGCGUGUGCAUUGCGGUCGACCGAUACAUCGCUCUACAGUUUCCAUUCGCUGCACGUCGUUUGCGAUCUCCACGCAAGGCAAUGAUCGUGUGCCUAAUCUUGUGGAUAUUGGUCUUUGGAUGCAGCUUCCCCAUCUACAAACUUCACGAUAAUCCAGCAAACAAAACAGUGUAUUGCUUUGAGCAAUUCUCCAACUCAACUUGGACGAAAAGUUGGAUUCUGGCAUCUAUGGAAACAGUGUUUUGCAGCAGUGCCUUGGUGAUGGUGUUCUGUUCCCUGCGUGUGGUACAAAUCUUGCACAAACUGAGGGUGCGCUACCCUGGAGAUUCCAAACUGUGCAACAACAAGAGCAUGAAGAUUGUUCUCAGCAACCUAGCCGUCUUCCUUACAUGUUUCAUUCCUUACCAUAUAGCAGCGCCCAUAUACUUCCAUGCCAAGACAGGCAAGUGGCACCAAAGCACCAUCGAUCAUCUACGGUACUUUGUUCACAUAAGCAUAUGCAUUAGCAAUGUGAACAUCUUGGCAGAUGGCGCAUGUUACUAUUUCAUCCUUAAAGAGAACCUGGAGUCUGCGCAGCGAGAGAGGAGAAUGGCUAUACGCGUCAGAGAGAAACGCAUACGUGGAUCAAAGAGUUUAACGUUUGGAGAAAUACAAAGUGGUACGCCCAAAGCCACUGACAAUACGGAAUUAUGUGUGGAUACUGGUUUUACGUAAAGAUCUACAUUAAAACUCAUGGAGAGCAAAUGCAAGGAUGAUUAAUCCUAUAGGAACACAAUGAAAGAAGAUGGAAGACAUGCUCAUAUAGUUGAGUAUGCAGGUGGAUGGGAAGUAUGUACACACAGGAUGUGUGUUUACAUGUGAUGUAGAUGAAUUUUUGGGUACUAAACAAAAUCGCAGUAACUCUUAUGCACUGGAAUUUUAUCACUGCUUUUAAUCUGAAACUAUGGCAAUUUCUUUUUGGAACAUUCUUGUAACAAAAAUUGAGCAGUGAAAUCACAUAACACAAAGGUAAUGUUUAGUUUAUAUGAGCCAUGAUGAUAUUAACAUUUUGUCAUUUUGGAGAAAAUUUUAUGUUUACUUAGGAAAAGUGUGUCCUGGUCAGAUUUCCCCCCUAACAGAUCAAAACAAAACAAAAAAAAUUAAAUAUUUUUUUUAAUGUAUUGAAUUGUACUAUAUAAGCCUUACUCUACUUAUUUAUUUUUGCAUUGUGACAUUAUUGACAGUUAAGCAAAUUUUAACAUCUUUAUUAUUCUUUACCAUCUUAAUUAUUACAUGAUGAUUCUCAUCACUCAUACAUGUCAUUUUACUCAUCUGUAAUACUGAAAAAAUACAGUUUGCUAAUUAAUAUCAAUACAUUUUUAAUGAAGACAGUAAAACAAAGAAUAUAUAAAUAAGUUAUUACUGGAUCGUUAAAAUUACUAGGAAUAAUAGAAUAGAGUAUCUAAUUAUUCCAAUAGAAUAAUAAAAGAAUAUAAG